AUGGGUAGGAGCGUGUAUUGUAUAAUCUUUCCCGGUCGUGGAAAUCAGGGUGGCAAAGUACGGGCGAAGGCCAACACCUCAUUUUCCAGAGCGGGCCUGCAGUUCCCCGUAGGCCGAGUGCACCGCCUUCUCCGCAAGAGCAACUAUUCUGAGCCGGUCGGGGCCGGUGCGCCGGUGUACCUGGCGGCGGUGUUGCAGUACCUGAGGGCCGAGAUCCUGGAGCUGGCGGGCAAGGCCGCCCGUCACAACAAGAAGACGCGCAUAAUCCCGCGCCACCUGCAGCUGGUUAUCCGCAACGACGAGAAGCUCAGCAAGCUCUUGGGGAAAGUGACUAUCGCCCAGGGCGGUGUCCUGCCCAACAUCCAGGCAGCAAUCCUUCCCCAUAAGAUCAGGAACAAGGCAAAGAUAUCCAUUCUCACCUUUAAAUUCAACUUCAUACUACAGUCCUUCAUAGUACAGUAA